GAAGUCAUUUUUUUUUUUGUCUAUCAAAAAUCGGUUGGAAUCUGUGUACUUAAGUUAUGUAGGUCAAUUCCCAACGACCCUAAAUCACUAUGAUCGCAUUCACAAAAAGAAAAAAGAGUCGGCGCAGAUUGUGCCGGGCGAUUCGGAUGGUAACCAGAAGCAAAGCCGCCCACCACCAGAGGCAGGCGCGCUAGGGAUUUCCGUUGGCGGCCGCGUUGCGGCGGCCCGCGCCACACCAUUCGCACUUGGCCCAGCGCUCCGGCGGCAUUCCCUGGAGCCGUUGCUGGGGGGUGCAGGGCCGAGCCACUCGUUGCUGUGGUCGCAUUAGCGAGCGGCCCACAGCAACGAUAGCACGCAUAGCACGCACAGCACGCAUAGCACGCACAGCACCGUGCGCGGGCCAAAAUUGUGUGCUAUGUGUGCUGUGGCACCCCCGACACAGCAAACAUAGCAAGCAUAGCACGCAUAGUACGCAUAGCAACGAGUGGGCAUUAAGCCGAUUCUCUGCGACCCUGACUGCGCGCAGCAGGCGGGGGCGCGGCCGCAGUAGGAUUAGGGUGCCAGGGGGCCCAACUGGAGCAGCCGCUUAUCCAGCGAACAGCGAGGAGCUCUACACUGCAGCCGUGGAAGUUCUAAUGACCCGGGGGCGUGCCACGAUGCAGGGCGACAAUUCAGCACUCGCUCCAGAUUCGACAGCCAUUUUUUUUUUCUUGUAUUGCAAUCAUAGCACAGAAGGGUCGUUGGGAAAUUGGCCUACUCGACUUUAGUGGAUCUCGAAAAGUUUCAAAUUGACGACGUGUGCGUCGGCUUUAUCUCAGCUCUGUCGGUGCUCCAGUUGAGGUAGUGCAGUAGUGCGUCGCGUUGAUUCAAAUCGUUCGGUCCCUUACAGAAAAGUGUGAAAGUGAUAUCGAUGCUCGGUGAAGCAAGACAAAAGUUGUACAAUUACACAUACACGAUCGAUUGCAAUUGGUGUGCGCCUUUACCCUGCUAUUGCUUGUCUUGCUUUGAUUCAUUGGUCAGGAGGGUGAUACUUGUUAAUUCGUGUCAUCAUUCUCAUAUAACAUCUCGAAGAACUACUCCCGGCUUUUCGAGUCUCAAAAUCUGUUUCCACCGCAAAGACAAGUUAAUAAUAUCCCAAAAGCACCACCACCCGCGAAGUUGAGACUGCUUUCCGAAGUUUGAUUCUCAUCAGCGUGUUGACGCCGCGGACUCCGUUCCGACCCCUUCCUCCCUUCCCCUUCCGAGGGGUCGGAGCGGACGUAUGGGACCCCGUUCCGACCCCUGAUGGCGGCCGACCCCGCGGACUGGCCAAAAAAAGGUCCCGCGGAUUUGUUGGACAGGCAAUAUUUGUGGCGCCCGUUGCGUGACCCAAAAAAUGAAAAAUCCACCAUAGCGUGCGGGCGCGGAUUUUUUGGGACAAAUCCGCGACAAAUCCGCGAGCCCGCGGAUUUGAAAUCCGCGGACCCCCUUUCGACAAAUCCGCGGACCCCCUCCGCCGAGUCCGCGAAUCGAGAAUCCGAUCGGGAUUGGCGCCUUGCCAAGUGCCCUCGGGGGGCUUUAUCAGGCUGUUAUGGCCCAUCCGCGGCGAUCAUCAAAGGCGCGUCCGCUUUGGGAGCUGGCGGGCCUCCGUGCCCUGGAACCUCCGGGGGGGCCUUCCAGGCUGCUAUGGCCCCGGUCGGGGAAGGGCUUGGGGAGGGACUGGGGGAGGGGCCGCAGGGGUGGGCCAGGGGAGGGUGGGCCCGGGGUGGGUCAGGGGUCGGUGGGGCAGGGGAGGGGGAGCCAGGGGAGGGUGGGCCAGGGGUCGGUGGGGCAGGGGAGGGCCAGGAGAGGGUGGGCCGCCCGGGUUUGGCCAGGGGUCGGUGGGGCAACCAGGGGUGGGCCAGCCAGGGGCGGGCCAGCCAGGGGCGGGCCAGCCAGGGACGGGCCACCAGGGGCGGGCCACCAGGGACCCAAAUCCGCACAAUAUCCGCGCGCUGUUAUUCUAACGGGUGUCCAAGCUCUAAUAAGCUUUCCGAAGUUUGAUUCUCAUCAGCGUGUUGACGCCAUGUGAUUCUGGUUUUCUCGGUUCUUGUCUGCAACUCGUUGCUGAAGUAGAAGAACAAGCGGCUGCGUAUAGAACUAAAGAUUGCCUCAUUAUUUUUUAUUUCGGUCUACUUAUCAUGCAAUUCCAAUUGGAAGUCAUUUUUUCAUGUAAGCUCCCGUGA